AGAAGGGCUGGCGACUGGCACGCUGAGCCCCACUCCCCCCAACUGUGGGGCAGGCAGGGACAUCCCCAGGAAGCCAGAGGGCUCCGAGAAGGGGAAGGAAACAACCCAGAGCAAAACUACCCACAAACGUAUAGCAAAAAUUCCACGGGGAGGGCUCGGCCGGCGCUGAGAUGCAGCCACCUCUGGGGAAGGGCACACGGGGGGAAACAGCCGCACAUAACGCCGCUCGGGGAGGGCUCGACCGGCGCUGUUCUCAGCGACCCUGCCCCAGAGGUUGGAGAGAUUUCCGGCUUGGGCUGGGCGGGAUCCCCCAGGUGAGGAUGGGCCCGGACGCCUGGGUUCUCCCAGCUAGGCAGCCGCGCUCGCUCCCCUGGCUGGCGGCCCGCCAGGCUCAGGUCCGGGCUCGCCCAACCGGCCCGUUGGGGGGCGGGGACCUCAACUUCCUCUUCAGUCCGCUCCGUCCUGCGUCCUCGCUCCGGCCGCGGGGCAGCCGCUCCGCGCGAUGAGCCGCCUGGACCAGACGCUGCGGGCGUUCCUGGGCGCCGAGCCCGGCCCGGCCCGGCUGGGCCAGGAGUUCCAGGACAUCAAGGCCCAAGCCAGCGCCUUCCGGCAGCAACAGGGGUUCUCCGCGGAGGCUGGGGGCAGGAAAGAAAAUAUCAAGAAGAAUCGGUAUAAAGACAUCCUGCCAUAUGAUCAGACCCGGGUCGUUCUGAAUCUCUGCACGGACGAAGGGCAGACGGACUAUAUCAAUGCCAGUUUCAUCCAGGGGGUAAAUAACAAGAGAUGCUACAUCGCGACCCAGGGGCCGCUGCCUCACACCGUCCUGGAUUUCUGGCGCAUGAUUUGGGAAUACGGGGUGAAGGUAAUUGCCAUGGCCUGUCGGGAGGUGGAGAUGGGGAAGAAAAAGUGUGAACGCUACUGGCCGCUGAAGCAAGAACCACUGCAGAUCGGGCCCUUCUCCAUCGUCCAGAUCCAGGAGCAGGAGCUGAAUCCGGACGUGAUCAUCCGCACGCUGAGCGUCGGCUUCCAGAACGAGGAGCGGCCCCUCACCCAUUUCCAGUACGUGGCCUGGCCGGACCGCGGGAUCCCCGACAAUUACAGCCAUUUCCUGGAGAUGAUCGACCACGUGCGAUUGAAACAGGGGGACGACUCAGCCCCCAUCUGCGUGCACUGCAGCGCUGGCUGUGGCCGGACUGGCGUGAUCUGCAUCCUGGAGCACGUGAGACACCUCCUCCUCCAACAGAGCAUCCCCCCGAAUUUCAGCAUUUUCGACAUCGUCCUAGCGAUGAGAAAGCAGAGACCGUCGGCCGUCCAGACGCUGGAGCAGUACGAGUUCCUGUUCCACGCCGUGGCCGAGAUGUUCCGCUCCGCCCUGGCCACCGCCAAGUACGAGAACCUCAAGGAGGUGAGAGGGCCCUGGAUCAGGGACCCACGCGGCGCAGGACCCAUCCCCUCCAGCGGGGGGCGCCAGGGACACACACACACACACACACACACACACAGCGCAGGACCCGGCCCCUCCAGCAGGGGGCACAGGGACCCACACGGUGCAGGGCCCGGCCCCUCCAGCAGGGGGCGUCAGGGACACACACACACAUACACACACACACACACACACAGAGUGCAGGGCUUGUCCCUUCCAGCAGGGGGCACAGGGACCCACACGGUGCAGGUAUCUGCUCCCCCCCAGGGCUACUGGUUACAGGACGGGCGGAGGCAGGGAGCCGGACUUCUCUCCCUGGCUCGGCCUUGGGUGGAGCAUGUCCGUCGCCACUGGUGCUACCCCCCUUCCUCCCCCAGGAGCAUCUCGGUGCCGUCCGAGCCCACCCCGGACCUGCCCCCUAAGAUGAGUGACACCUACGCGGUGGUGAACAAGUUCCGCCGGGGGGGCGGGCCGGCGGCGGCCUCCUCCCGGCAGACCAGGCCUGGCGGGGGCAGCCCCGAGUGGUCCCCCAUCGACCCCAGCGGCUUCGGGGGGCUGCAGGCCCACUCCCUGCCCGGGAGCCCCGUGAAACGCCUGCCACCCAGCCCCAGCUGCGAAUACACCCCCAACUCCACCAGCGCAGGUGACGCCAGCCCCCGGGGCCCCCCUUCGCCCUGCCCCAGCCAUGGGAAGACCGUGCUGCCCAGUGUGAAACCCCUGGGUUUUCUGGCGUCUCCCCAGAAGAAGGCCUCCAGCUCCCCCCGCCUUGAGUCUACGUCCAGCUACGAGCCCGUGGACGCCUCACCUGGAAGGGGCUGCAGCCCACUCACCUCUCCGGGCAAUGGUCUUGGCUAUAACUUCCGCAUCGGGAAGCCAAAAGGCCCCCGCGACCCACCGGCUGAGUGGACGCGGCUCUAGGGGGAGUGGGGGGGGGCGCCAGGGCCUGUGCCCCUCCCACCCCAACCCCAGAUGGACUGAGCCGAGCCGCGGCCCCAGCAUCACCCCCGGCACAGAGCGAACCGCCAUCAACUGACACCAGGACUCCUGGGUUCCCUUCCGGGCGCAGGGAGUUGAGACUGGGAGCCAGGACUCCUGGGUUCCCUUCCGGGCACAGGAAGAAGAGUAACAAACUCCACCUUCAAAUCAGUAGGGCACCGCUGUGAGCUGGGCCCCACAGCUUGGGGGCAUGGGGCUAAAUCCCACCCCCGGCAAGAUGGGAACAGCUGUGAACAGACAGCAGCAGACACCAAACCAAGGGUCAAACCAAGCUGUGUAUUAAAGCAGACCCUACAAAAAUAAAAAUGUGAAAACAA